UUGGUUACUGCACGUGUUUGUCGCUACUCUUCCUCCAGCCCCAGCCCCAGAAGCCCAGCCUGACCAGAAGCUCUGAUACAGUCCCAGAGGGAAGUCAACUCACCAUUUGGCAUCAUACAGCUCCAGCACCACCAUGACCCACCUGUGGCUGCUGCCCUUGCUCCUGUCUCUGGCUCUGUCCAGUUUCUCCAUAAAUCUUGGCCAGCCAGCUGCAGCAGAAGCAGACAGUGAGGAGAAGGGUCGCCUGGAGGAGAUCUUGCAGAGGGCUGAAAACCUCUUUCUCCAAUCAAACCUGCAAAAGCUAGAAGAGGAAGGAGAGAACAACUCAGAUUUGCAGGCCCCCCCACUAGAUUGGCUUGUGAAGAGGCAACACCCUGGGAAGAGAUUCUCUGAGAUCUUUGAGAAGAGGCAGCAUCCAGGCAAAAGGGAGGAAGAAGAUGAGGGAGAGGAGGAGGAAGCAGGGGAUGAAGGGACCACCAUAGAGAUCCACAGACGCCAGCACCCAGGCAAGCGAGAGGAGGAGACCUGGGAGGAGGAUGGCAAGGAACAAAAAAGGCAACAUCCGGGCCGGAGGGCCUCCUGGCUCAAGGACAGUGAGGGGGAUAUCUCCAAACGGCAGCAUCCGGGCAGACGGAGCCUGGGCCCUGCUAGCCAAGAUCCUAUGUUCCCCUGCAGCCCGCGGGGGUCCUCCCACUGUGGCCUCUUACUGGAGCUCCUGGAGGAUCUCCGCAGGGGCCCGGGGCCUGAGAAGAGACAGCACCCGGGGAGGAGGUCACUCUGGGGAGCAGACGGGGAAGAGGACUAGAGCCUGGCCAGUCUGAGGGGGAAAGGUUAAGCCUCUGUGGAUGGUUUCUGGAUGUGCUGUGAAUAAGACCUACAGGCUGUUUUUUCUUUCAUUUUGUCCUCUCGAUCCUCUGCUAGUGACAUAGCCAGAAUGUCCCUGACCCCUAGGCACCAGUUCCCUAAGCUCUGAGGGCAGGGGAUGGAGAAUGGGGGUGUGGAAGAAGGUGGAUUCUAUUCCUUGUUACUGAAAGCCCAGCACCCUCAAGUCCCUUUCUAAGAUGCCCUGGGUUAUAUCAACUCCUCUUCAGCAAAUCUUGGGUUAGGGGAGAAAGGUUGUGGAUAGGGGACAGGGGGCAGAGGGUCUGACCCAUGAUUGAAAGGUGAUGUGGUCAAGCUUCUGAACAUAGUCCAUGGGACCAAAGCCUUUCCCUCGGUCCAGUUCAGUCCGGCAUGCCCACUGGUUUCCUGGGAUCCGUUAGAUUCAGGCCAGUUUCCUUCUGGUAAGGGUAAGAUUCUCAGGAAGGGUUGAUGGCCAAGAGAGUGGACGUGAUCUGUCUCCCUCUCCCUUAUUCAAGACAGAUGCAGUGAAAGAGUCCAAAGCAGGAGCUGGCCCAUCUACAGUCAGCCUUCCUCCUUCCCUGCAUCUCCCCACAGAAUCAUCAUACUGUCCCUUUGAGUAUGAGCAAGACCUGACACAGGGAAGGAGCUACAAACAACAGGCAGUGGGCAAAGCUCAGACAGGGGAAUGGGGAGCUCCCAAACUCAAGCACAUCAUUGCGCAAAGAAAACCCCAGGAGAAAAUCAGCAGUCACUAGGGGAAUCCCUGAGGAUCUUCAUUGAUUUGGUCAUUGUCUUUCCCUUUCUUGAGCUGAAACUUCAUAAAUCUUCUCUCGCCAAAGAUAAUUUUCUGUCCCUCUGCUCCCCAAUAGAAGGUAGCCUGCAGGUCUUUCCCUGAUUAUUUUCCCUGUUCUAUCCCCAUAUGGGCAUCCCCUGACAGUUUGCUAAUACAUUCGAAACCCAUAAAAUCUCUCCUUGAUUGAAAAAAACAAAAUUAAAUGAAAGUGGAAAAGCUACUUUUCUAGUAAAGCUCUCUUGUGGUAUAAUGAUGUUGGCUAUGGGUAGGAAUGUUUGUAUAUAUGAACAUCUUAAUAUCAAAGUGCAAGUGUGAUUUGUACAUUUACACCAGUCCCUUUGGAAACCUCAUAACACUAAUAAAAGUUGCAUCUGGA